GCGCCGGCGCACGGGGUUGGCCCGGCGGGGGUGGGAACACUAGCGGAGCCGCGUUAAAGGCGCUCCCCGCCCCGCCCGCCGGUCCAGUGCUCGCAGUGCGCAGGCGCGGGGCUCUGUCCUUGUCAGUCGGCGCCGCGUGCGGGCUGGUGGCUCUGUAGCAGCGGCGGCGGCAGGACUCCGGCACCAUGAGCGGCUUCAGCACCGAGGAGCGCGCCGCCCCCUUCUCCCUGGAGUACCGAGUCUUCCUCAAAAAUGAGAAAGGACAAUAUAUAUCUCCAUUUCAUGAUAUUCCAAUUUAUGCAGAUAAGGAUGUGUUCCACAUGGUAGUUGAAGUACCACGCUGGUCUAAUGCAAAAAUGGAGAUUGCUACAAAGGACCCUUUAAACCCUAUUAAACAAGACGUGAAAAAAGGAAAACUUCGCUAUGUUGCGAAUUUGUUCCCGUAUAAAGGAUAUAUCUGGAACUAUGGUGCCAUCCCUCAGACUUGGGAAGACCCAGGGCACAAUGAUAAACAUACUGGCUGUUGUGGUGACAAUGACCCAAUUGAUGUGUGUGAAAUUGGAAGCAAGGUAUGUGCAAGAGGUGAAAUAAUUGGUGUGAAAGUUCUAGGCAUAUUGGCUAUGAUUGACGAAGGGGAAACCGACUGGAAAGUCAUUGCCAUUAAUGUGGAUGAUCCUGAUGCAGCCAAUUAUAAUGAUAUCAAUGAUGUCAAACGGCUGAAACCUGGCUACUUAGAAGCUACUGUGGACUGGUUUAGAAGGUAUAAGGUUCCUGAUGGAAAACCAGAAAAUGAGUUUGCGUUUAAUGCAGAAUUUAAAGAUAAGGACUUUGCUAUUGAUAUUAUUAAAAGCACUCAUGACCAUUGGAAAGCAUUAGUGACUAAGAAAACGAAUGGAAAAGGAAUCAGUUGCAUGAAUACAACUGUGUCUGAGAGCCCCUUCAAGUGUGAUCCUGAUGCUGCCAGAGCCAUCGUGGAUGCUUUACCACCACACUGUGAAUCUGCCUGCACAGUACCAACAGACGUGGAUAAGUGGUUCCAUCACCAGAAAAACUAAUGAGAUUUCUCUGGAAUACAAGCUGAUAUUGCUGCAUCAUGUUCAUCUGGAUGUAUUAGAUGUAAAAGUGUAGUGGCUUUUCAAAGCUUUAAAUUUGUAGAACUCAUCUAACUAAAGUAAAUUCUGCUGUGACUAAUCCAAUAUACUCAGAAUCUUAUCUAUCUAAAGCAUUUUUCAUAUCUCAACUAAAAUAACUUUUAGCACAUGCUUAAAUAUCAAAGCAGUUGUCAUUUGGAAGCCACUUGUGAAUAGAUGUGCAAGGGGAGCACAUAUUGGAUGUAUAUGUUACCAUAUGUUAGGAAAUAAAAUUAUUUUGCUGAAA